AUAAAAAAUAACGAAAAACAAGACAAACAAACGCGUUAAACUUUUGUUUCCCCUGCCAAAAAACCCCACGGUUAAAUGUAGGAUCUGGUGUUUGCCUGCAUCAAACAAAUCGUUAAACACAAAAAGAGAACACCCAACGAAAUUAAGGAUUAUUAAGGAUUUUUCCUUGCUUUGUUUGCCCUUUUAAAAACGAAACUAAGGAAAAACGAGCCAAAAUACAUAAAAUUUGAAAUCUAUAAACAACAAACACCAAAAACAAGAAAUUAAAAAAAAACCUCUUUUUUUUCAAAAGCGCAACAAAACGAAACAAAAGCUGCCCCAAUUUUAAUUAAAAAAAAAUACAAUUUUAUGCUGAAUUUUUUCAAAGCAUUCGUGUUAACAAAAAGCCAAGUUGCUGCAACAAUGUUGUGCCUCUUUACAGAGCCAAAACUAGUUUAGACCAAUUUAUGUGUAACAAAGUAACAACCAAGAAAAGCCAAACGAUAAACUCCUUUGAAUCCCCCUUGUCCCCCUUUUUCGUGUAUUAUCUCUUCAUACAUUUGCUAUGGUGCGUAUGAAUGUGGCCGCGUCCAACGAACAACAACCACUGCAGGAACAGCAGCACAUUCUUAAGCAAAGUUGUGAUAACUCAGCAAAUUAUGGCGACAAUGUUGCUGCCACUACCAACACAACAGCAUUAAACAAUUCGACAUCGUCUAGUUGUUCCUCAUCUUCGUCAUCGUCCUCAUCGUCUUCAUCAGUGUCGUCGUCGUCGUCGUCGUCAACGGCUUCCGCGAACGCCGCCAUUUCGUCGGCAUCAUCACCAAAUAAUUCAGUGGCAUCCGCGUCUGAGCCUUUAAGCUCAAGUGAUGAUAUAGUAAUGGUAGUGCCACAGCAACAACAACAACAACAAGGUCAACAACAGCAAAUAGUGCAUCAACAUGCAGCACCUCCACCACCACCACCACAACAAUAUACACACCUACAACAUGUACCGCCUCCACCGCAACAUGUUAUGACAGGGCAAAUGUUGGCUCAAGCACCUCCACCACCACCACCAGCAGCACUACACCAGUCACAAUUAUCACCCACGGAUACUGGCUCUAAUCCCUCUUUGCCCGCAACACCGCCCCUAAUACAACAAACCUCCACUCCUCCUCAGGGCGCCCAAUUGGUGCCUUGUGCAGUGCAUCAUCCACAGCAACAUCAACAGCAUCAGCAACAAAUGGCCUUAGUGGCAGCCAUGCAGGCUCAUAUGGCUGCCACCGGUGGGGCACCCAUGGCGCCACACUUGCAUCAUCAUCAUGUGGGACCACCGCCCAUGUCACAUCAUGGUCCGCCGCAUGGUCCCUUGCCGCCCGGACCACCACCGCCUUGUCCUCAGGCCAUGGAAAAUGGUCAUGGGGGUUUGUCGCCCAGCGGUUCAACAGCCAGCACCGUCAGCUCGAACAGUAAUGGUGGUGUUGGUAAUGGGGGCAAUGUUGUUGCUGCCACUGCGGCUCCUGGGCCCGUGUACAUACAAUAUCAUGGUGAUUACUAUCCCACGGAAUACUAUAUAGCUCCACAUCCGCAUGAGGGCAUUUGUCCCCAGCAUCCACAUCAUCAUCAGGCAAUAUGUGCCAUACCAGCGGAUUAUGGUAUGUGCCCAGAGAACUACAACGAUGUUUAUAAUGGCCCUACCACUGUACAAAUGGUUUCACAAAAUCGCCCUCCGCCACCGAUGACAGUGCCGGUGCAGAUGCCCCAGUAUGUCAAUGAAAGUGGCACAUUGACACAUGUGGUCUUGUCGCCGCAACAAUACCAGCAGCUACAUGCCGGCCAAGGACACAUACAUCCGUCAUUCAUUGCUAAUGGCACCACACAUUACUAUGCACCAAUGCCAAAUGGCUACCAACCGGCCACAGGCGCGUCGGCGCCUUAUCCUGUGAACCCCCAUGGUCAUAUGACGGCGCCACCACCACACCAACAGCCCGGUACACCACAGCCACCUACAGGACCACACCAACCGCAAAUGAACCCCAUAGCAAAUCCUCCGCCCCCACAGCAGCAACAACAGCAACAUUCGCCAGCUUCACAUUCCGCCAAUCAUUCGCCAUCACCACCCAAUAAUAAUUAUCACAAAGAUGAAAGGACUCAAAGGCAGCACAGCAAAUUGCUAAGGAAAUUGGAGAAGCAACGAGAAUACAACAAUUCAUCGGUGUCUUCGCCCAAUCAUUCGCCUUCACCAAGACGCCAAGAAACUCAAAUGAAUGGUCACAACAAUGGAUCGAUAAGGUCACAACACAACAAUAACAAUAGUAAUAAUAACCAUCAACGCAAAUCCCAUCAUCAGCGUAAUGGUAAUCUCGCCAAUUAUGCCACAAACAAUAGCAGCAACAAAUGCAACAACAAUCAAGGUGCCACUUGCGAGGAUGGCGAUGAAUUAUUAUCCACUACUCCACUCAACGGCGAAGACAAUGGCGAGGAGGAAGACUGCCAGGCUUCCAUUAUCGAGCAAUUGUCGGAUAUACAAAAACCCGAGGUGGCCGACAUUACGCCGCGUUCAGCCAAAAUAAUGUGGGACAUUCCGCAGAGCAUCAAUGAGUCGGCCUUGCAACUCAUCAACUUGGAGGAACUGCGUUAUAACGUCCUCCUAAGUGAGCGGACAAAGGAAUGCAAAUUUAAGAGUCUCUAUGAGGGGUCCUCUUACGAUUGCAUCAUACAAGAUUUGAAGCCGGGCCAGGACUAUGUGAUCAAAGUGCGUGUGCACUACGAGCAUUUACAAGGUAACCCCUCUGAGCCUGUGGAGUUUUCCACGCCGCCCUGCGAACCCGAAAGACCGGCAGCUCCUCGCAUGGUGACAUUUACCAAGAACUCAUUACAAUUGCGUUGGAACAUGUCCAACUGUAAUGGUUCUCCGCUGCAGCAUUAUCUGCUGGAAUACGACGAGGGUCGAACGGGACCCAUUGGCGGCGACAGCAGACCCAUUAACUUUGUAGAGGCUGUGAAAACAAAAGGAAGGCAAUACGUGGUGACCAAAUUGCAACCUUCCACCUUGUACCACUUCCGCUUGGCGGCUGUUAACGAAGUGGGACCAUCUGCCUAUUCGCCCAUAUGUUCGUUUAGCACACAAGGAAAUCCACCCUCAGCUCCCAAACCCCCUUCCUUGCAGUCGACCAGUUCAUCUUCAUUACGACUAUUCUGGGAGCGACGUCAGUCUGAUGGUGCAACCUGUAUUUAUGUGCUACAAAUGUUAGAUCGUGAGUCUGGUCAUGGCUACUUGAACAUGUACAAUGGCCCCGAGUGUUCAUACGAAUGUUGCCAACUGAGAAGGGCCACACUCUACUGCUUCCGAUUGCGUGCCGAAAACGAGACCGGUGCUUCGGCCUGGUCCAGUGAAGUUUCGUACAAGACUGCUCCCGAGCGACCAGGUAGGCCGGGUAAGCCAUACGCUAAGGGAAAAAUACAUGGACAUCAUUUUAGAGUGCGCUGGGACCCUCCCACCGAUAAUGGUGGCGCCGAAGUGCAGCGUUACAUCUUGGAGAUCAAUAGAGGAGGCCAAAAGUUCGAACAAGCCUAUGAAGGUGCUGAAUGCGAAACCACUUGUGAGCGCUUGCAGCCUGGUACAACCUAUCAAUUGAGAGCUUCCUGUGAAGGUCCAGGAGGAUUUAGUCCUUACUCGGAGGUUAGUCAUAUAACCUCAGAGGCUGUAGUACCUAUUGCCCCAGCAGCACCCUAUUACGACAACCCGCCGGGACCUUUUGCGGCUGUCCUAAGACUACACAAACCUGAGUACAAUGGUGGGGCACCUAUUUUGGAAUAUGAGGUUCAAUUGCGCUUGCCCGACGAUCAGGAAGCACCAACCAUGGCAUAUAGAGGCAAAGAUGCCUACUGCGUUAUAAAAGACUUACAGCCGGGCAAUGCAUAUGAAGUACAGUCCAGAGCCAUUAAUCGCAUUGGAGCCGGCGCCUGGUCACCCUGGUUCGAAUUCUCUUCGGCCGCUGCGCCCCCCAACAAUCCGGAAUCUCUUAAGGUAAUUGUAAAAUCGGCUACGCAAUUGCAUGUAACAUGGCAGGAGCCAGCAAACAAAGGGGGUGCUCCCAUAUCAGAGUACCGUUUAGAAAGUGCCACAGCCACCAUGGGCAACAGCGAAGAGUCCAGCAGUCUUGAAUCCCCACCGGCCUCAGCAUUCCACAUCUGCUACCAGGGCUUGCAAUGCAGCACUGACCUAAGAAAUUUGCUGCCCUUCACCAGCUACUAUUUUCGCGUUAAUGCCUGCAAUGUGGCUGGCAUGAGCAAAUGGUCGCCCCUGGUCAAUUGCCGAACCCCUGCAGCUGUGCCCUCGGCCCCACAAAUCAAAGAUUUCGAGUUCACCUCCAAUGAAGCCACCCUCCGAUGGUCAGCACCUGAUAAUAAUGGUUCGCCCAUACUCAACUAUACCAUCGAAUAUACAGUGCCAGCGAAUAGCUGCUCAAUAACCACACCGGAUGACAAAACCGAAUACACUGUUAGUAAUUUACAGCCGGAGACUUCGUAUAAAUUCAAGGUUCAAGCCACCAAUGCCAUCGGCACUGGUCCCUUUUCAGCAUAUGCCAAACUGACAACACUGCCUUCACCGCCCAGUCCACCCAAACUGGAAUGUUCGGGCGUGGGUCACAAUUUUAUCAAACUGAAGUGGGGAGAUGGCAAGAAUUUGGACUUUACCAAAUUCUAUGUGGAAAUGUAUGUGCAACGCGCCAAGGAAUUUCAAGUUGUCUACACCGGCACCAAUUGCAUGUGCAAGGUCAAUAAGCUGCAGGAACGCAGCGCCUAUACAUUCCGCAUAUGUGCCGGCAAUGAUCGAGCAGGUGUGGGUGAAUACUCUGAAGAGUUUGUUUUCAACACCACAGCCUGUCUGCCCAAUGGCAUUAAACCACCACGUAUUGCUCAAAAUCUUCCUACAACCAACUGCUCUGCUUCGCUCUCAGGAGCAGCAGCAGCAGCGAGUGGAGCAAGUACAACGGCUCUGGCAGGCAGUUCUAUACCCUCAGGUCUUAUACCGGAAACGCCCAGUUUUCUUACCGGCUUGGGUAAUCUAAUGUUGGGUGUACCCAUCACCCUGGAAUGGCAACACUCGAAGAAUACAUUUUCCGAUCGUGUUGAAUAUAUGCUACAAUAUUCCAUAGGCAAAGAUGGUGAAUUUAAAAUGAUCUACCGUGGCAGUGAGACCAAAUUUACUAUUGAAAACCUGGAACCAGCUGGCCUCUAUCAAUUUCGUGUUUGCCCCAUACGUGUCACACAGGCAGGCGAAGAUUUGCUGGGUGCAUUUACAACACCCUUCCGUUUCCUUGUGCCACUUAUACCAUCCCUCGAGGAUAUCGAUGAUAGUGUACUCACGAAUGCAGCGGCUAGCAUGAUUGCCAGCCUAAGCGCUGCCGGUGCAGAGGGCGCCUCUUGUCAAGGCCAUGCCCAUCAUCACUCACAUCACCAUCAUCAUCACAACCCUGUACAUUCACAUCACAAUAGCCGUCACUCCGGUCAUCAGCAUAACAUUGCUAGCAGCGGUGGCGAAAAUAAUUUGGCUUCCAACUCGACAUUGCACCAGCGGUCGGUUUCUGCCUCGGCAGCCUGUACCAGCAGCAGCAACAGCAAUGCCAGCUUGCUGGCAACAAAUGAAUUGGCCAGCAACUUUGCCAGUUGUGAUGAUCCCAAUCACAAUCAUCACCAUCAUCAUCGUCAUGCCUUCCAACCACAUGACAGCAACAAUGCGGAAAGUAGUCAUCAUCAUCACAAUGCUACCACCACUGGCUUGGCAUCCACUGGCUCAAGGAUGACUCAAUUGUUGGCCAAUAAUCCCAUUUUAUUGCAAGCUGCCACCGCGGCCAUUAGCCACCACCAACAUAUACUGGAUAAUCAACGUCACCAACAACAGCAGCAUGGCAAUGUACUAAGACGUUUUGUCACAAGGCUGAGUUCGGUAUACACGAAUCGCAAACGUUUCUCCGAUCAAGAAAAGGCUGUCAUUUUUAUGCUCUCAUUUUUGUUUUUCACUUUCCUAUUUGCCACUUUAGUUAAAAUGUUUAUGCGUUAAUAAUGUUACGUAUGCUCUACUUUAUUAAACCAUAAACACACAAGCUCUCAUAGCAAGGGCUUUUUAGUAGUGUAUGCUCCUAUGCUCCAAUGUCCUUUAAGGAGGUUUGUGGAAUAUGCUAGGACUACUACCUAAUCAUGUGUAGAGCUGGACACAACCCAAGCCCAGCUGAUAUGAGGAGAUUUUAUAUCUAGAGGCCACAUAUUUAGGCAUUUGACUAAGCGAAAAAAAAUCUAUGGUUUCAAUGUGUAGGUCGGUCCCAGGACCACUAUUUAAAAGUAAGGAAAACCAAAAUAACAUUCCUUUACACAAAUUAUGAUUUAAGCAUUUUUUUUACAAUAUUUUCUUUAUACAUAAAUGAAUUCUAGUUUAGUAUGAUGCUGUUGCUGCAAUGGGUGAAACACCUGCCUCUCUCUGUAGAGAGUAAUUAAUGAAAAAUUUAAGUAUUUCCUUAACAAUCGAUUUCGCCAUAGAAAUAUUCAAAAUUUUCGAUGUCCUGCCUGUGGGCAUCCGCAAAAGUGCAAUGAAAAAGAUUUCAUUUUCUAACACCCACAAGAGCAUGAAACUUUCAACAAAUCCAAGUGAAUUUUCCUUGUUUUAUAUUUUUCCCUGUAGCUUCCUCCUCUUACCUUCUUCUGGCAUUGAAGAUAAUAUGAGAAAAAAUCACGAAACCCAAUUGAUGGCCAUUUUCUUUUGUUAUUUCUUACACAAAAGACCGACCCCCCACCCUACGAUCGAAAUAUCUUCUCUUUGACUUGGAAUUCCUACUUACAAGUUUUGUCACAAAUCUGAUGUCGUUAGUCUAGACAGACGUCUUAUCGAAGCGCGUCUCUAAAUUCUUCUCUAUUUUAAUUCGUAUAUAUUUUGCUUUAAAUAAAAUAUAUAUAUGAAAAAUCAUAGACAUUAAUCUAUAUAUAUAUACAAACAUAAAUGCAUACUAUAAAAAAAACUUCAAAAAAAAGCGUUGUUAAUAUAAAACUGCAAAAAAAAAAACGAUGAAAAUCUUUAAAACAUAAAUUUCUACAUACAAAAACUAUUAUGUGUACUGUGUAAAUGUGUAAAAUUUGAAAAACAAAACAAUUUUUAGCUUAAGAUUCGAUGAAACUCUGAAUGCAUUUUCCAUUACAUAACUAAGACAGAAAUAUUAUGAUGAAUAUCUUCCUAGGGCCUAUUUUUCGAUUGUUUACAUACAUACAUACACACGUGGAUAAAAGUAAUAUUAUGCUAAAGAACAUGACACAACAAUAGAAAAUUUACUUAAAAUUUUCAGUUUGUACUAAAAUUCGA